AUGAUUCCAAAAUAUUCAAGGCUUGUGUGCUUUGUGGGUCUGUUCAUUCGGCACAUUCAAUCUCAGGACUGUACCUUACUGAAUGUGCACGUAAGUACAGUCACCAAGGAGAAUGUGAGACUUCUGAGCAGUAUGAGCAAUCCAUUUCCUCUGAGAUGUCUAAGAGACAUCAAAGCUUUUGGAUUGCCCCAAAAUAUCGUCUCGUACUCUCAGCCUGUGGAAAGAGACAUCAAGGAAGUCUUCUAUGAUAUUACCAUACAGGCCUUACAUAUCUUCAGCCGACACACCUCCAACUUUGCUGGGAAAGAGGAAUACCUGACACAAAUCAAAAUUCAGGUCAUCCAAAAGAGCAAAUUAGCAUUGAGAGGAUAUUUCAAAAGAAUAGAAAAUUACCUAAAGGAUAAGAAAUAUAGUUACUGUGCCUGGAAGAUUGUGCAAGCGGAAAUCAAAAGAUGUUUUGUCUACUUUCUGGAAUUCACAAAACUCCUCGGAGGAAAUAAGGUAUACUUUUAG